UCCGUCACAUCCCGUCAUGGCCCUUGCAGAUCUCAGUCUUUUUCCUGCUCUGCCUCUUGGAGGUACAGUAGUGUACAUUUCAACAGCAAAAUACGCUGCAACAUGUUCUACGGUUCCCUGGCCAGAUCACGGGUAAAAAGUCGGUUGUCCCAGCAAGGGGACUGGGAAUCAUCGUCUUCUGACACAACCCACAACCGUGGUGGGGAUCUCGUUCUUGUCCCUCGUUUCGUUACAAGCCGAAAGAGAGAAAGGGUCGGGUCUUUCGGUCUUGUAAACACCAUGUACCGGCUACAAGUGUACUGGUGCCUGGGCCUUGCUCGGUUUUCCUGCCUCUUCGGCUCGGCCCCCGUCAUUACAUCCGAUCUGGCGGUUGUUGCUCGCUCCCAGGGCUCGAGAUCAUCCAGAGGAUAUUUGGAGUCAUUGUCCUGCUGUCUCGCCAACUCGUCUUUUCCUCUCUCUUUCUUUGUUCCAGGUCUCCGUCCAACUGCCCCGCCAUUCCGUCCCCGUUAGCCGGCUUGCCCCCGUAUUUUUUACAUUGUUCUUCCACAUUCCCACUUGCGGAGGUGGAUCCCGUGCUAUUUUCCCGGUGUUGUUCAGCUCCAUAACCCGUCCCCAGUCUUGGGACCUCUUGACUCGUGUCAAGCCCCGGCCGGCCGUAACUCGCUGUUAAGAGAUUUUCGAUCAGAAAUUACACAUAGGCCUACUUUUCCCACUCGCCUGGACACUCGACCGUUGAGUUCGUUAUCCAUCCAACGCUCUCACGAAACAACGGACUUCUUGCUGUUUGGCGAGCCUCCUUCCCCCUUCCUCCCCUCCCUCUCUGCGAAAAGCCGGUACAUACGACCAAACACAAUAACGAAUACCCCACGAGCUUUUUUUUUCGGAUACCAGAUCUCUGUUAGCCGGACUUACUGCGGAGGACGAAAGACGAAGACACAAGGCAUAGCCAGCCAGUAGGAGACACCGGCUUCGAACCACUACAUACCUCUCUUUCCUCACACACAGAAAACAUCGCAAAGAUGGCCACAAAAGUAUCAGGCGGCAAGGAUGGCCAGAAGAAGCCUGCCACCGCCGCGACCAACUUGAUUGCUGGUGGUGGUGCUGGUAUGAUGGAGGCCUUGGUCUGCCAUCCUCUUGACACCAUCAAGGUGCGCAUGCAGCUUUCCAAGCGCGGCAGAGUACCGGGCCAGGCCAAGCGCGGCUUCAUCCGCACUGGUGUCGAGAUCGUUCAGAAGGAGACCGCCCUUGGUCUGUACAAGGGUCUCGGUGCCGUGCUCACUGGUAUCGUUCCCAAGAUGGCCAUCCGCUUCACCUCGUUCGAGUGGUACAAGCAGCUCCUCGCCAACAAGGAGACCGGUGUUGUUUCCGGCCAGGCCCUCUUCCUUGCCGGUCUCUCUGCCGGUGUGACCGAGGCUGUUGCCGUCGUCACUCCCAUGGAGGUCAUCAAGAUUCGUCUCCAGGCGCAACACCACUCCAUGGCCGAUCCCCUCGAUGUGCCCAAGUACCGCAACGCCGCCCACGCUCUCUAUACCGUCGUCAAGGAGGAGGGGUUCGGUGCGCUCUACAGAGGUGUCUCGCUCACCGCGCUCAGACAGGGCAGCAACCAGGCCGUGAACUUCACUGCCUACACCUACUUCAAGGAGUGGCUGUACCAGUACCAGCCCGAGUACGUCGGCGGCAACCUCCCCAGCUACCAGACCACUCUCAUCGGUCUCGUGUCCGGUGCCAUGGGUCCUCUGAGCAACGCCCCCAUCGAUACCAUCAAGACCAGACUCCAGAAGAUGAAGGCCGAGCCCGGCACCUCCGCCCUCCAGAGAAUCACCAAGAUUGCUGGCGAGAUGUUCAAGCAAGAAGGAUUCCACGCCUUCUACAAGGGCAUCACCCCCAGAAUCAUGCGUGUCGCCCCCGGCCAGGCCGUCACUUUCACCGUCUACGAGUUCCUUAAGGAGAAGCUCGAGAAGAGCGGCCCAUCAGUCAUCACUGGGGGAAGGUACGAAGAAUAAUUCCUCCCCAUCAUCACAGCCGUCACACCCAUAUCCUGGACCCCUCCGGACCCAACUCCCAUGGACCACCUGGACCCUCCCUGGAUUUUCCAUAUUCCCGCAUCUGGCCUUUUGUUUUUUUGUAUUGUUUUUUCAAGGAGUUGGAAGCUGAUCAAAAACUGCUGUUUUGCUUUUUUGUUUGGGAUAGUCGCGACAAGGAAUUUGAUAGCAUGAAGGCCAAGGCUGCUUGAAUGAAUUGAGUUCGAGCAGUUUUUGAUUUUUGUCUCUUCUCAUUUUGUUCUUUUACGAAAAAAAAGGAGCAAGAGAUGCGACAGCGACGCGGGAAAAUAGAAGCGGAAGGACUUUCAGAUCACCGUGUUACCAUCGAGGACGGUAAUUCACCAACGCCGCCCGAGUCAAGGGAUACCACUUUGUUUGGAUACGUCGAUAUGGAGCCGGAUUGGAUAGGUACAUAAAGGGACAGACGGACGGGAAAGGGAUGGCGGUCUGGUGUGCUGUGAUCUUCUUGAGGUGGGGGAAGAAGAGGAGGGUUUUGGAAUGGGAAGUGUUGGAUGGAAGGGAAUGGGCAUUGCGAAAAGUCACUUUGUUCUCCAAAAGCAUGGCAAUUACAUGUUUGGUAGAGAAGGCAUGCAUUGCAUUGGGUGGCGCGAUUUUGUUUAUACGAGCAAGACCUUUUUUCUUUUUUUUUUUGUACCUUGUAAGAUGGAGGUGGUGUAUAUAUCCGAGGAAUUUAGAUGAAUUGUACUUGAUGCAUGAUGGGCUUGGUGUUUUUGACUUCUAUUGUUUGGGUCAUGUGCUGGUAGUUGACGAUGCAGGUUCAGAUGGCUGCGUGGAACAUGAGCUGAG